AUGAGUUUGAUUAAGACAGAAAGGAGUGACGUCACUGAAAACGAUGGGCGGGACAGCGUCUGCUAUUUUUGCAAUGAUUCAUUCGAAAUGGGAAAAUUACAAAAUCACUUAAAGCGAUGUGGCAGUAUAUUGGAACAGUGUCCGCUGCGUUGUGGUGCUUGGAUUCAGAGGAAGCACAGGGACACACACGUCAAGGACUGUCCCAUGAUGGACAAGAGUCGCAACAGUGCAUCCCCUACCCAUGUCCGAGUGUCAGACCCUGAACCUCCUUCUCAAAACAAACACACUUGGUCACCUAGAGCUGUGCCAUUGGACGAAUGUGUCUCGUAUUUGGAGAAAGAACUAGCUAACAUCAAAUUAGUCCUAACAGAAGAAUCAAGCAACCACGACAUUCAAUCAACUGAACUGGAACACCUUCGCUCUAAGCUAAUGCUGGUGGAAGAUCGGGCCCAGCAUUUCCUCUCCACCCUUGUGUCUCUCCGAGCAGCACUGGACGAUGAGGCAGAGAGAUCAGCUAACUGGGCGGCGCAGUUUAAGCACGACCUUUCUAAUGUGCAGCUGGCUUUGCAAGAGCUUCAAAGCCAGCAGCUGACUACCACGAUGCGACUGGAAAGUGCUAUCAGCAGCAUCGUGCAUGAGCAGAACGAGAGAGAACUGUUAGAGCAGGCACUCACGCAACAUGACAAUAGAAUAAGGACUAUCAAUAAGCUAGAAGAGGUAAUCGAAUACAUUAAGCAAACUGUGGAAGAGGAAAGACAGCGCAAUUCUGAAAACCAAGCAGCAUUGGAAGCCGAGCUGAUGGAAGCACGACGAUCUUCUCAGCAAUUGGCACAUCUCUCUACCCUAAGAGUUCAACUGCAAAAUGCUACUUCAGAGAAUCCAGCAUUUGAUCGAUUGGCGGUGCUGGAAGUGGCCACGGCAGAUGUGAGAGCUGAAGCAGCAGAACACUCUAACAAAAUGGAUAUUAUUUCACGAGAUCUACGUGCUCUAACCAAAAGUUACAACAAGCUAAGGUCAGAACUAGCAGAUUUCCAGACAAGAAUGACAUUGGAACACCCAGAGAGCGGCAGCCACACUGGUCAGUUCAUCUGGAGGAUAGAUAAGUUCUCGUCUCGCAUGAAGGACGCAAAGGAAAAGGACACCGUGUUGACCAGCCCACUCUUCCGGACCAGCAACUAUGGGUAUACAUUAAAGGCGGAACUAAAUCUAAACGGUAUAGGCAAGUGGAAGGGUCGUCACAUCACAUGUACUGUGCGGUUGGUGCCCGGUCCUUACGACCCACUUCUGGAGUGGCCUUGUGACCUCAACAUCAACAUCGUGCUAAAAGAUCAACCAGCUAAUCGAAGUCAGGCAAUGGACAUAGUAAAAUCUCUGGAGCUCCGUCGAAAAUCAAAGCUAAAGGAAGAUGCCAACGAAAGAAGCAAAUCGACCGAGAGUUUGGAUCAAGGCGUCAUACAAAUGAAGAGACAGUACAUCUUCAUACCACACGCCAGCUUGGACAAGUUCGAGUAUAUUAAGAAUGAAGUCAUGUUCUUUGAGUUUAUAGUUAAUCAAUAA